GUCCGGUGUCAAUGACUCCGCGUCUAAGACUCACUGUAGAAUGUUCUUGACUCAUUCGCCACUCGAAAGUGCGAAGCGUGUGUGGUAGAAAGUGGCGAGUCACGUGCCGAGAGCAGAAGUGCCAAGCACACCACUAGCGUAUUUUCAUCGCUCACACAAAUUCAGAUCGCCUCCGCACCGCCCUUGACAAGCACAUCGCUGCGCACGACACCAGUCCAUCGCCAAUACACGAACCACCAAGCGGACGCAUCAUCCCGAUACCAAAGGACAAUACUAUCGCGCAAAUACCGCCAACAUGGUUCUCGCAGUCGAUCUUCUGAACCCAACCCCUCAGGCUGAGGCCCGCAAGCACAAGCUGAAGACUCUUGUCCCAGGCCCACGCUCAUUCUUCAUGGACGUCAAGUGCCCUGGCUGCUUCACCAUCACCACCGUCUUUUCGCACGCACAAACCGUCGUUGUCUGCGCCGGCUGCUCGCAGGUCCUCUGCCAACCAACUGGUGGCAAGGCCCGUCUUACCGAGGGCUGCUCUUUCCGGAGAAAGUAGACGAUACGUUACACCGACCAUGAUGACCGCGAUGGAAUGAGGACGAGUGAGGGGCUGCAAAACGAAUAUUUGUGCGAUGAAGGAGAGAUGGAUGAAUCUCAUCGAGGAUACCUCAUUUUUGGGACAGGCUGAGUGUAGUUGUAGCUACACUUAGCGAGUAACAAGAAACACACCACAAAAAGCAGAGCGGCCCGCGCCCGAGUUCUACCCAGAGACCAUCAUUCCACCGAAUCAACCUUUCCGACCAUCCUGGAACAUACACCUGUUUGAUAUGCGUACGACUAUGGCUGCCGUUGGACGUGGGAAAGGCGUUUCUUCUUACCUGUUUUUUCAUCUGGAGUUGCCAAAAAGCGAAAGCAUCCGAAGAUGAGACGCAUGUUCUCACAGCGAGUCUCAAGGCGAGGACCUAGACAGGCAUGUGCAUCGAGGAAGUCCUACCUUUGCUGUAGCAGCACGGGAGUUUUUCUGCAACAGUAACAAAUGGGACAGCGAAAAAGACAUUCAAAUCACCUCACUGUGCUGACGACCCCUCAUAUUGUAUGACGCCUUGUGUGAUGAUGUCACGUGCUCAUGGCCUCGGUUGCCCCCAGCGAUGGUGACCAUAUACAUUUAUUCGCUGAUAUAACACGCCGUUAUCCAGUUAUUCACAGCAGUCAAAUAUUCGCACCUCCCUCCUCGGCUGAACAUCCUCACUGACAAGAAGCGAGGUAA